CAGGAUCCUGGAUGCUACAUGGGGCACAGGGUCUCUGAUGUCCCUAACCCCUUGCCAGCACCUCUGGCCCCACCAAAGGAGCCAACAUGCCCAUCAGCAAGUGCCCUCAGAAGUUGCAGCCCCGCUGGAAGGAAUGGGACCAGAAGGCCCAGAAGAACGGGUGCAGGCACCAGAUAUACGCUGUCAACGGUGACUGCUAUGUGGGCGAGUGGAAGGACAAUAUGAGGCAUGGAAAAGGAACACAGAUCUGGAAGAAGAAAGGCACCAUCUAUGAGGGGGACUGGAAGUUUGGGCAGCGAGAUGGCUAUGGCACCCUCAGCCUUCCGGACCAAGAGACGGGAAAGUACAGGAGAGUCUAUUCAGGCUGGUGGGCAGGCGAUAAGAAGUCGGGCUAUGGGAUCCAGUUUUUCGGACCUAAGGAGUAUUACGAGGGUGAGUGGUGUGGCAACCAGCGCAGUGGGUGGGGCCGCAUGUACUACAGCAACGGCGACAUCUACGAGGGCCAGUGGUUGAACGACAAGCACCACGGAGAGGGCAUGUUGCGUCUGAGGAAUGGGAACCGCUACGAGGGCUGCUGGGAGAGAGGCAUGAAGAAUGGGCCAGGGAGUUUCUUCCACCUGGACCACGGGCAGCUGUUCAAAGGCUUCUGGGUGGACGACGUGGCCAAGUGUGGCACCAUGAUCGACUUUGGCCGUGACCAGGCCCCCGCACCCACCCAGUUCCCCAUUCCUCAGGUGAAAAUACUAGACCCUGAUGGUGUGCUGGAGGAAGCCUUGAGCAUGUUCAGGAAGACGGAAGAGGAAGGAGAUUGAUGCCUG